UCCAAGAUGGACGCUAGCUUGGAGAAGUUAUUGCAAAAUGAUGAAACAUUCAAGCAAUUCUUGGAAGAUAAUUUUGAUGACAGAACAUAUGCAAACAACAUAAUUCAAAGUCGUGCCAUCAGCGAGUCGCUUGCCAGGUUGGCAGAUGGAAUAAACCUUCUGGACAAAGAACUUCAUGCGCAGGUUGUUGAACACCAUGAAGAUCUUUUGCAACAGGCAACAGGAAUUGAAACAUUGGAAGGUGUUCUACAGAUGAUGCAAACCAGAAUAAACUCUUUGAAGGCUUCUGUUGAAAGGAUUCAACAGCAUGUUGUCGAACCAUAUUUUAAGAUUCAAUCAAGAACAGCUCAACUGCGUCGCCUUCAGGAAGCCUGUGAUAUCUUGAGAAGAGUUAUAAGAGUGCUUUAUCUGACCAAACGGCUUCAAGGUCAACUUCAGGGUGGAGCAAGAGAAAUCACUAAGGCUGCUCAAAGUCUCAGUGAACUGGAUUACCUUGUCCAAGGAGCAGACCUUUCUGGAAUCCAGGCAAUAGAAAAUGACUUGAAAGUGGCUGCCAAGGCAAGGGUAGAAGUGGAAAAUCAAGCACAGAGAAUGCUAGCUCAGGGCAUGGCAACACAGAAUCAAACCCAAGUAGCAACAGCUUUGCAAGUGUUCUACAACUUGGGCUCGUUAGCCAGCACAGUUAAUGAAGUGGUGGACAAGGUGAGGGAAAACCUGACAACCAGUGUUAAAGAAGCCUUGGAUCCUAACACUCUCUCACAGAUUCAACCUAAUGCAGGAGCAGGAGGUCCUGGGCGUGCAGCCAUUCCUACCCCAGGGAACACAGCAGCUUGGAGAGCCACUCUGUGGACCAGAUUGGAGCAACUUAUGGACUCUAUCUACUCUGCUUGUGGCCAGGUUCAUCAUCUUCAAAAGGUUUUGGCAAAGAAACGAGAUCCUGUAACUCAUGUUUGUUUUGUGGAGGAAUUGUUGAAGGAUGGGAAAUCUUGUAUCACCUCAUUCUGGAAUUCAGUUACUUCAAUUUUGACGGAAGAAUUCGCACAGGCUGCCCAAGCCUCCACUUUUUUGAAGCAAGCAUUUGAAGGAGAGUACCCGAAACUACUACGGCUUUACAAUGAUCUGUGGUCUCGGUUACAGCAAUUUAGUGGUGCCUCAAAUGCUCCUGCUCCUGGCAUUGUUCCUCAAAUUGAACCUUCCUUUAGUCUGUUUCCAAGCGCUGAGGACCAGUUUAGUUUGAGGCCAGAGCAAGCCCUGAAGAACAGCCUAGCCCCCUUUGAAAUUGCCUACCUGUCGAGAUCUUUAUCCAGAUUACUGGACCCAAUUAACCUGGUGUUCCCAUCUGGUGCGCGGAACCCUCCUUCCAAGGAAGAGUUAGCCAGUAUUGCCAAGACGAUUUCAAGUGAGCUGAGUGUGGCCAGUGUAGAUGUUGGACUCACAAUAACUGUAGCCAGAAAUGUCGCAAAAACAGUGCAGCUGUACACAGCAAAAUGUGAAGAACUGCUCGUCGCGGGGCCCGAAGGAAAUCAGUUAUAUGACCACGUGACUCCAGCUCAGCAAAAGAACGCUGCCAUUGUGAACAGUUUGUUUCAAUUACACCAAGCCGUGAUCAAGAUUGUGGAUGGUCUGUGGUCUCAGUCCCCUGGUGUUGCUGUGGAUGCAAUAUCUACCGGGUUACAGGGAAUUCUAGCGCUGAUUAAUUCGGCUUUGGAUCCACUGCUUGAUGCAAUCAGCCGUGAUUUGGAAAACCAUAUAUUCAAGAUGCAUUCCGAAGAUUUCACAAGUUCCACCUUGUCGCGUGACAUUGCUGAUAACCCGGAUGCGCCAUGUUCUGGUUACAUUCAAGACUUGCAGGAUUUUAUUAUACACGUUCAAAAGAACUACAUUGCACUUUAUGAGUGCAGAGAAAUUCUCUCGCAAAGGUUGGAAGAGAUCGUGUGUCGAACUAUUGAGCUGUUUGUUCGUCACGCCAGUCUACUUAGAGCCAUUGGCGAGGGAGGAAAACUGAAGCUUGCUGCUGACAUGGCUCAGAUUGAGUUUGCUGUUGGUCCAUUAUGCCACAAAGUGUCAGAUUUAGGAAAGUCCUACAAACUUUUGAGAUCUUUUAGACCUCUAUUAUUUCAAACCUCUGAAGAUAUUGUAAAUAAUCCGGCCCUUGGAGAAAGUCUUCCUCACAGUGUGGUAUUGCAUCAUUUGUUUUCACGCGCUCCAAACGAACUUAAAUCUCCUCACGAGGUGGCAGGAUGGUCAUUGGGUUUCUACUCUCAAUGGUUGGAUGAGCACACAUCAGAGGAAGAGAAACUUGCACUUAUUAAAGGCACACUGGAGGCAUACGUUCAGUCGGUCAGAUCACGUGGAGAAAAAGAAUUUGCACCAGUGUAUCCCAUCAUGCUGAGGAUUCUUCAAGCUGCGAGAGCUACACAGGGCUCCUAACACUUUGCUGACUGGAAGAAAAACAAACAAACAGA